CGCCCCCCGCCGGCUCCCCUUCGCCCGCCAUGGUGAACCUGGGCCUGUCCCGUGUGGAUGAGGCCGUGGCCGCCAGGCACCCGGGGCUCGGGGAGUACGCCGCGUGCCAGUCCCACGCCUUCGUGAAGGGCGUGCGCCCCUACCCCUGGCAGUGGAGCCUGCUGGCGGCCGCAGUUGUUGGUUCUGUGGCAAGUUAUGGGGUGACAAGAGUGGAGACCCAGAAAUGCAGCAACCUCUGGCUUUUCCUGGAGACAGGGCAGCUCCCCAAAGACAGGAGCCCAGAUGGCCGCAGCUAGGCGCACUCCAGCUGAGAUGUGGAGGCUCUGGGACAGAGGCAGCCCUGAAACACAGCCCUCUGCACCUCCAAUUCCAGACCUUGCCCCCACCUGCACAGGUGUGCGGCCAGAUCUGACACACCUGAGACCUGCCAAGGAGUCGGCUCAGAAAAGGUCGGGGUGGUGAGCUCUACUCCAAGAUGACAAGAAACAGGGUCAGCACUGUGAGCCAAGGGCCCUGCAGCAGCCUGCAGGUAGAGGAGACUCCUGCACUGUCCCAGGAGCUCAGGGUCACCUUCCAGCCCCCUAAACCUCCGAGACUCAAGGGGACAUUGGGUACUGGGGAUGUGAGGUGAAUAAAUGACAUCCUUUCUCCUGAG